ACUCAAACGUUCCAUUUUGUUGAAUAGAUCAUCAACUAUUACUGAUCCACAAGGCACAAACAGCAAGUUAAUUAUUACACCUCGGAAAGUAUCUGUACAUCAAUAUGUAAGUACUUGUCCUCAUAAAGGAAGUAAUUUGCAGCGAAGGUACACCCAGCAUCAAUGGAAUUUUUACCAAAACCCAUUGCGGUCGCUGCAAUUUUUGCGGUCUUCCUCUACACUUUCUUAUUGAUAUCAAGAUUAAUCGUACAAAGGAACAGAAGCAAGAAGAGAGCAGCGCCGGAAGCGGGUGGAGCGUGGCCUGUUAUUGGUCAUCUACACCUCUUAGGAGGCCCAAAACCGAUUUUCAGGGUGUUAGGAAAAAUGGCUGACAAGUACGGCCCAACCUUCAGUAUUAAGAUGGGCGUUUAUCAAAUUUUAGUGGUAAGUAGUUGGGAGAUUGCUAAAGACUGUCUCACUACCAAUGACAAAGUCUUUGCUAAUCGUCCAAGAACAAUCGCUUUGGAGCUUCUUGGCUACAAUUUUUCCAUGAUAGGCUUUAGCCCAUAUGGCUCCUACUGGCGUCAAGUACGCAAGAUAGCAACACUUGAGCUUCUCUCCAACCAUCGGCUUGAGAGGCUAAAACAUGUACGACAAUCUGAGGUGAAAGCUUCGUUAAAAGAGUUAUAUGAGCUAUGGGUUCAGAAAAGUGGUAGCUCGGAUAGGGUUUUGGUGGACAUGAAAAGAUGGUUUGGGGACGUAACCCUUAAGGUGAUUUUAAGGAUAAUUGUAGGAAAGAGAUUUAGUUUGCAAGAGGGUGAUGAGAUUAAUGACCAAUGGAAAGAGGAAUUAACGAACUUUUCUGAAUUGAGUGGUAAGUUCGCGGUGUCAGAUGCUCUACCAUUUCUGAGGUGGUUGGACAUAGGGGGAAUCGAAAGAUUAAUGAAGAAAUCGGCAAAAAACUUAGACAUUGUUGUUCAAGGAUGGUUGGAAGAGCACAAGAGCAAGAGAGUUUCCAGUGAGAUGAAGGAAGAGGAAGACUUCAUGGACGUGAUGUUGUCCCUUUUGGAUGAUCCAAAUGAGUUUCCUGAUCGUGAUGUUGAUACCGUCAUUAAAGCUACAUGCCUGGCUCUCAUAUUAGCAGCCUCGGACACCACAGCAGUUACAUUGACUUGGGCUCUCUCUUUACUUCUUAACAAUCGCCAUGUCCUGAAGAAGGCGCAAAAUGAAUUAGAUGUCCAGAUUGGUACGGGAAGGCAAGUAAACGAGUCAGACAUGAAAAACCUGAUUUACCUCCAAGCCAUCCUCAAGGAAACAAUGCGUUUAUACCCUGCUGCACCACUCGCCAUUCCACACGAGUCUAUGGAAGACUGCAAAGUUCAAGACUACCAUGUCCCAGCAGGCACGUGUCUUUUUUUAAAUCUCUGGAAGAUUCAUCGUGAUCCUCAUGUUUGGAAGGACCCCUGCAAGUUUCAGCCAGAAAGAUUUCUUACGACCCACAAGGAGGUUGAUGUUAGAGGCCAGAAUUUUGAACUUCUACCAUUCGGUAGUGGCAGAAGAAUGUGCCCUGGAGUGUCAUUUGCCCAACAAGUUAUGCAACUUUCACUUGCUGCUUUGUUGCAUAGCUUUGAUUUUGCAACCCCAUUGGAUGAAGCCGUUGACAUGGGCGAAGGCUUAGCAUUGACUCUGGAGAAAGCAGCUCCACUUCAAGUCCUCAUUACUCCACGCCUCUCUGCUUCUUUAUAUGGUUGAUUAACUUUGAAGAUCAGUUUAAUUUGUUCUAUAUUUUGGAUUAACCUAUUAUGGAUUUUUAUUUAUUUGUUAUUA